CACUUAUCUCUACAAAGAAAGAGAGGAAUUACUCUCUCAAACUGACGACGAUCAUGACAAAGCUGUCGCUAGUGCACUGCAGCACUCACAAGAAUGUAAAUAGUUUGUUUUAUGUCCCCUAAUGAUUAGGGAAUCUUCAAACUCGAUCAUGUCGGAGGACCAGCUCGGACUCGCGUUCGCUGAUAAGCAAACCAUCCUGCAGAACUAUUUCAAAGAUACGUCGACGAGCUUCACAAUCAAAUCCUGCAAAGUCACCACCUUUGAAGAGCAACGGACGGGUUAUCUGGGCGAUCAUCACCUGCUGACGAUCGUGAUCAAUUCCGGCGACAAUGAAGAACGUGAGAUCACCGUUUUCGUGAAGAAGCUACCGUCGCGGAUUCCAAAGUUGGCAAACUGUCUCAUUGAGUUGAAGGCUUUCUCCAAAGAGACGGGACUGUUCCGAGAAUUGCUACCUCGACUAGCUGAGUUUGGACGGUUUGCACCGGAAUGUCUAUUUCAGAAGGGGGACGAUCUGUUGGUGUUCAGGAACGUCAAGUUGGAUGGUUUCAAGGUUCUGGACGGCAACCGAGGGCUGCUGAAUUUGGACCACCUGAGGCAGGUUUUGCGAGCGUUGACGCGACUUCACGCGGCUUCUUUCGCGCUGGAAGCUCAACUUGGGAAAUCGUUGGUGGAAGCGUUUCCAGCAGUUUUGGACGAAAAUGCCUGGCCGGAUGAGGAGAAUCACCCUCGAGUCUUGGAGUUGGAAAACAUUAUAGGCACGCUGUGUUCCAUCAUCGAACGUCACGAACAAAAUGCAUCAAGGAAAGAAUAUUUACUAAGUAAAAUUCCCGACUGUUUCAGACAGGUGUUCGAGUUGGUGAAGAGUUCAACAGUCUACCGGAAUACAAUAAGUCACAGCGAUCUUUGGAACAACAACAUCAUGUUUCGUCUCGAUGAUUCUGGAAUUCCAAUCGACUGUCUUUUGGUGGAUUUCCAACUAGCUCGAUACGUCCCACCAGCGUACGAUUUUGACAUGCUGAUAUUCCUAACUACAACUAGAGAUUUCCGGAUCAAAAAUAUGACUUCUCUUCAAGAUUUCUACUAUCAAUCGCUGAAGUCGGAACUUAAACGCCAUAAAUUAGACAUCGAACAGAUUUUGUCCCAGCAAGAAUUCCAAGAGUCCUGCAAGUUCUACCAGAGAGCUGGAGCGAUCGACAGUUUCACCAUAAAUCAUGCCACGCUACUUCCAAGGCGCUUUCUGGAUAAAGCCUUCUCCAGUGUGGAGCAGUUUGAUCGGUUCGACCAAAAGUUUAAAACUAAGUUGUGUUUGGAAACAUUUGAGGAAGAUCCAAUCUAUCGUUCUCGGAUAGUUGAUAUUAUUGAGACGUUGUACGAAGCGUUUGAAUUGUUUUAAGAAACUAGAUUGAAAAGUGAAGGCAAAAGUGAUUAUAAACGUCAAGAUUCAAUGUGAGAAACCAUUUCGACUUUGUAUCUUUAUAUUAAAUUUAAUGUCAAAAACUGAAAAAUAAAUGUCAAAGCAACAACAUUAAACAAAAGUAGAAACAUAAAAUUAACGAUCGCAAUAAAACAAAACAGAGGAUUAAAUGUAUGAGAUUUUGAAAAUUUUUAAUGUUUAUCCUGAAAAAUGUUUGCAAUUGUAAAAAAAAAUCUAAACUUCGUGUUAUACAGAACCCAUUUUAAACAUUA